AUGUCAAUCGACUUCGAGAAACCGGCUACGCCCACUCGCCACCUCGAACAUGGUCCACAUGAAAAACACGUUGUCGAAGACCACCAGAACCGGGAAGUUCUUGCGGCGUUUGAAAGUCCGUUCGAUCUUCCGGCAUGGCGGAAAUGGGUCAUUACCACUCUUCUGGCGUUGAUGACUACGGCUGUCACGUUUGCGAGCUCUGUCUGGUCUGCAGCUAUCGCCGCAACGUCAAAGGAAUUCAACGUCAGUGAAACAGUGUCACUCUUGGGGGUGUCGCUUUAUGUGUUGGGAUUUGCUGUGGGUCCCAUUGUUUGGGAAUUCAAAGGACGUCGGUUACCACUCUUCUCAGCCUUCUUCGCGUGGACGGUCCUCCAAAUACCCAUCGGAGUGGUCAAAAAUCUCCCUGCACUUCUUGUAUGUCGCCUGUUAGCCGGCUGCUUCGGAGCUUCGCCUCAGGUCUUGGUCGGUGCCACCUACGCUGAUUUUUGGGAGCCAGCGGAGCGUGGCGUCGCAACCGCAGUCUACUCAGUAGCUGUCUACGUAGGCCCCACUCUUGGGCCCAUCUUUGGAGCCCUUCUCACCGAAAGCAGCCUCGGUUGGCACUGGACGGGCUGGGUUUCCCUCAUUCUUGGCGUCGUUGUUGGAAUUCCGGCUUUCCUCUUCAUCCCCGAGACAUAUGGCCCAAUCCUCCAACAAAGAGCAAACAAGAAAUUCAACUCGGCACAAGACUCCUCCGCAUUGACCGAACAAAAUGUCAAGCAAGCUCCAGCCGUUGCAGAAUUUGUGCACAAGUACAUGUUCAAGCCGGCAAUCAUGUUCUGUGUCGAGCCAAUGCUCAUGGUCAUGGCGUUAUAUAUUGCCAUCGUCUAUGGGAUCCUCUAUCUGACCUUCUUCGCAUUUCCAUACAGCUUCGUCCAAGACCGAGGUUGGGAUCCUCGUACCGGGACCCUCCCAUUUUUGAGCAUCCUGACAAGUGUGGUCGUAUCUGCGUCCGGGGUGGCGCUGUAUUCGAAACGAUAUUAUCGUCCCAGGCUACAGGCUCGCGGCUCGGUCUUGCCCGAGGACCGCCUACCAUUGGUCAUGCUCGGUAGCAUGAUUCUGCCAAUCGGGCUCUUUUUCUUCGCCUGGACUUCGUCACGCAAGACCUCCCCGGUUCCGCAAAUCGUCGCUGGGUUUUUCAUCGGAAGUGGCAUCAUGCUCAUUUUCACUAACGCUGUGGCGUUUCUGGUGGACAUCUACCUUCAGUCCGCUGCCAGUGCGAUGGCGGCAAGCACGAUCGUGAGGAGUUUAGUGGCGGCCAGCUUUCCGUUGGCUGCACCACGCAUGUAUAAAUCUUUGGGCACAGCAUGGGCUACGAGCGUCCUCGGCUUUCUGUGCGUGUUGGCCAUGCCAGCUCCGUUUCUCUUCUACAAAUAUGGGCGGAAGUUGCGACAGAUGUCGCGGUUUGCUCCGAUGCCAGAAUAG